AACUUAGACAACUUCAAGUCAUGGUAAGUUUAAGCAGCAUGUGCACGAGGAAAUAAACCCGAAAGAAGAACAGCUUUCAAUCAGCUAACUAAAUACUGAUAAUAUACUGGAAUGAGCCAAACAAAGGUGAGCAGCUUUUUGAUUUAUUGUGAUUUAGCUUGAUCAGCACUGACAGCAUUUUUCUUGUAUAAUUAAUAAUAAUAAUUAUUAUUACUUCAGAUUGCCAGCGAUGACACUUGACACAAUGAUAUCUACUAAAAACAGAAACUAAAACCUGUUUGAAAUUCACAGGGGUAGUUGACUUGAAAAACUGUGAACCACAGCACAUGACAAGCCUUAAUAAACUGUGAACCACGUUUAUUUAUUUUUCCAGGGUUUACAAAAACUUUUUGGUCCAAGGGGAUAUUAUUAUUUGCCCCCAAAACCUUAAAAAUCGGUCAAAGCAUGUGCCGUACACGGAGGUAGUAAAAGUGCCACAGCACAAAAUGGACUCUGCCUCCACCAUCUGUUCAUCAGGCAAAGCUGCAGCAUAUGAGACUGGAGCUGGACAAACAGCAACUUUGGCCCCAUAAAGAAUACAGUUGUUCACUGCACUGGUGAUUUAAAAUUAUUGAUCCUGUACUUUCGAGAAAUCCUGUGAAUUAUACUAUAAAAAUGAUAAUUCUAUACAAAGGUAGAUGGAGAAAACUGAGCAACAACUGUGAAAAUGAAAUGGAGAGUAACAUGCAGAGUAAAUGCUCUGUGAAGUACUGACAUUUGUAUCCUUAAUGUUUUUCAUCUCUUUCUCUAGACUGAGACAUAUAGACAAAUGUGACUCCUACACAAAGUUAUAACUUACAACUUAGUAAAAAGCUAUAUUUGGUUUAGAAUAGAGCUGUGUAACCACUCCAAGCUCUGUGUCUGUUGAAUGAGCUUCUUGGUGCUCCUAAAUAUGUUUGUUUUAUGAAUUACUUGCAACUUCUUAUUGUUUUAUCUUUCACAGUCAGUUCAUCAGCUCUAAAGUUCAUCAACAGUUUGUUAACUUGCUGAGAGUCAAGAAUGUCAACGCAGGUGCGAACUGAAAAAUUGCUGAAAGACCACUUGGACCAGCUGAGUGACAAGGAACUGAAGACAUUUCAGUGGUACUUGCACCACAGUGAGAGACAGGGAUCCCGGCGCAUCCCGAGGUCCCAGCUGCAGGAGGCUACCAGAGAGGAAACUGUGGACAAACUGGUGCAGGUUUAUGAGGAGGACGGAGCUGUGGAGAUUACAGUGGAUAUUUUCUUUAGAAUCGACCGUAAUGACCUUGCAAUAAAGUUAAUUAAAGCCAGACUGGGUUCACACAAUGAACAGCAGUCGUCCCCCACUGUGAGAGAGGAGACACAGACGGAUGUAGAUUCAGCUUUCAUUCUGGAUAUUUCUUGUCCAAUUUGCUCACUCAUUUUCACUGAGCCUGUGGUUCUGCAGUGUGGCCACAGCUUCUGUAGGUCCUGCAUGCACAACUGCCGCGAGGGUAAAAUUUCUCGGACAUGCCCAAUUUGUCGGCACGUCAUGCAUGACAGUGAACCUCCGAUGAACUUUACUCUGAAGAACUUAUGUGAAAACUACAGAAAGAGGAGUCAGGGUGAUCUUUCCGGAGGACACAGAAAUGACUCAGAGUCAUAUCAGACUUCAAGGGACGUCAAAGAGAAGCAGGAAGCUUUUGAGAAAGUCAAACAGUUCUGUGAUACUUCAAUUGAGCAUAUUAAGACUCAGAGCCGCAACACAGAGAGAGUGAUCAAGGAGGACUUUGAGGAGCUUCAUCUCUUCCUCAGUAGGGAAGAAGAAGCCAGAAUAGCGGCACUGAGAGAAGAAGAGACUCAGAAGAUUCGUGUAAUGCAGAUGAUUACAAAGAUGAGCAGAGACACGUUCUCGCUCUCUGACACUGUAAAAGACAUUGAAGGCACAGGGGCUGAAAACUCAUUCAUACAGACCUUCAAGACUGAAAUGGAGAGAGCUCAGAACGCACUACCAGACCCACAGCUGCUUCCACAAGCACUGAUAAAUGUGUCCAAACAUGUGGGAAACCUUCAGUUCAGAGUCUGGGAGAAGAUGAGGAGCAGCAUAAAACACAUCCCUGUGGUUAUGGACCCCAACUCUGCAUCUCCAGCGCUCUCUCAUGAUCUGCCUAGGGUGACUGUAACAGGUACCCAGCAGAAGCUUCCUGGAAACCCAGAACACAACAAUUAUCCACAGGUCCUGGGCUGCGAGGGCUUUGACUCAGGAAAACAUUGCUGGGAAGUGGUGGUAGGAAGUUGCACCAGAUGGGUACUGGGAGUCGUCAAAGAGGCCAGGAAGGACAGGAAGGAGGAGAUGUGGUCUGCUCCACAAAAUGGACUCUACACUAUUAUGAAAAGCAAGAAAAGGUACAAAGAUAUGAAGGGUAACACCUUAGCAGUACAGGGAAGACCCAGCAGGAUCAGGAUAGAGCUAGACUACAAAAACGGGAGACUGUCAUUUCAUGAUGCUGAUAACAACAAGUCCAUACUGACCUAUGAGGACACAUUUACUGACAAGCUGUACCGGUAUUUUGCUUUUGUGAAAACUGAAAGUCUUGAUGGAGAUAGCAGUGAAAAUUACUUAGUUGCAUAGUUGCAUAGUUGCAAAAAAUGGCUGAGCAAGUAACUUAUUAGUAACUUUAUUAUGUAGUAUUUUCUGUUUUUAGCCAACCUGCAGGAUGGCUGGAGACUUUUUUUUUUUCUGGAUUUGUAGAUUUUAAAUUCUCAUAGUCUUUGUUGUGAUACACUAAUCUGAAAUCCUGAUGCAUUUUUAAGACUGGCUCUCAACUUUUAUUUUAUUUUGUUAGUUAUUGUACACUGAUUUUUCAUUGCUUUGGACAAAAGUGUCAGCAAAAUUAAUCUAAUUAGUCUUAUAUAUAAUUGAAAAGCUGAAAAACAGUUUUUUAUUUUUUGAUUAAUAAGAUCAAUGUAACCUUUUCCAAUAAAGAAAGUCUAAAUAUGU